AUGGCCGCACAACUUCAGAAACAAACACCAGAAAUGGUCGAGUACAAUCAGAAGAUGAAAGAGUUGCAAGGCCUUUAUUUGAGUCGUCAAAAAUUAAUAUCACAAAAAAAUGAGAAUGAGAUGGUCAAGAAAGAGUUAUCUUUAGUGGAGGAUGAUGAUGUCGUUUACAAGUUGAAUGAAGGAAACUUAGAAGAAGAAGAUCCGCUUGAAGCUGAGAUGUGUGUUGAUCAACGUUUGGAUUAUCUCAACAGUGAAUUGAAAAAGUGUGACACCAAAGAAGUUGAACUGAAAGCUCAAGUCGACGAUCUAAAAAAGAAAUUAGCUACACAACGACCGUCUAAUUAA